AACGGAGGACUGGGGCUUGGUCUUGAAGUUUUCAGAUGCAUCUGUAGAUGAAUCAUAACAGCAUCAAGAUGUCGGGACGAUCAGGCCGUGCUGAGACCCGAAGUCGGGCUAAAGAUGACAUUAAAAAGGUCCUGGCAGCCAUCGAGAAGGUGCGAAAAUGGGAGAAGAAAUGGGUGACAGUUGGAGACACAUCGUUACGCAUAUUCAAGUGGGUGCCAGUAACAGAAACAAAGCAGAUAUAUCGUACCAAAUCCACAGGUGGAGAUGUUAGAGGAAUGAAAGAUGUGGUCCUGGAAAACACUAAUACCUCUUUGCUGGAUUUCACUGAUGAAAACAGCAACCAGAGCUUUCUGUCGGAUGUUUACCAGCCUAAAAUGGAUAACAGCAGCAGCACUUCCAGCUCGCAGCAGGUCAGCCCUCCACAUACCUCCAGCCUCCGAACUGAAGACUCUCAGCCACCAAUGCUGGGCCAGGAGAGCGUGGAUGAGCCAGUUCAUUCAGGACAGGAGGGGGCUGAUGAGCCUCCCACUCUCAUCAAGGAAGACCUUCUUUCAUCAGGAGCUGUCAGACAGAGCACCCCAGACACACAGGAGGAAUUGGAUGAAUCAGGAGCACCCCCUUUAAAGAAGAUUUGCACAGGAGAAAAUGCUGCUCUGAGAUAGCUCAUUUAUAAUAAUUUUGUCAAAAAUGCACACAAUACCUGUCCUCGGUCAGAUUAGCUAAGCUUUCAAAAUUAUUCCAAGGUUCUCUUGACAUAUUUACACAAAUAUUACAUUUCAGCAAAUGAGAAAAAAAGUAUUUACUGCAAAAUCUUUGUUCACUUUUAAAAGUCUUUAAAAUAUGGUGUUUUAAUUGAUUUCUGAAAUGAAUGGAGAGGAUUUUCCGAACUUUGUGUGUCAAUUCAUUGCCGUUGCAGGCAGUGUAUGUAUUUUAAUUCACAUGCUGUAAAUGCUUUCUGGCAACUAACUGUUUCUGAUUUACUCGUUAUGCUGUGUAACUUUACUAACUUUACUUUACUCUGUAUCCUAUUGCUUUAUUUUUUAGGUUUACAUGCCAUUUUGAAAAGGUGUUGAAUGUAUAGCUUUAUGCUGAUUGAUGUUUAGAUGUGCCAUUUUGUAUUACAUUUGAUGCCCUUUAUGGAACAAUCUUCUUUUGGCUUAUCACAUGCAAGAAAAAAAGCUUUUUUAAAUAUUUAUGAUAUAAUUUGCCCAUGUUUAUAACUGAAGACAUUGUAAACCAUAAUAAAUGCUACUUUCCAAUUCA